AUUUCUCUUGUCUAAAUAAAGUUUUUGUCAAAUAAAAAAUGUAUUCGAAAUCCUGGUUUGGGCUGUCGUUUGACGUCAGAGAUGUGUGCCCCAGAUAUCCUGAAGCAUAGUCAUUAUGGACUGAAAACUUGACAAAUCCUGGUAGAUUGGAAGCCAUGGAUCUAGCUCCUAAAGUCUGAGGCUUGAUGUCUUUUUCUCUUCUUAAUGAUGGAACAAGCUGCACAUGAAUUACAGUCAGACACCGAGGUGCAAGUCAACAUCCACUCCAAAGCUCACUGGAACACAGUGUUUUCCAGCCUGGAGGAUCAGCGGAGAAAGAACUUCCUGUGUGACAUCACCCUUAUUGUAGACAAUGUGAAGUUCAGAGCACACAAAGCUCUUCUAGCUGCUAGCAGUGAGUACUUUUCCCUGAUGUUUGCAGACGAAGGGAAUGCAAGUCAGUCUGUUUAUGUCAUGGAAGGUAUGGUUGCUGAUAUCUUUGGAUCAGUGCUGCAGUUUGUGUACACUGGGAAUGUCCAAGUUAACAAAAAGAUCCUUAAGCAGAUGGUGGCAAUAGCACAGUUACUUAAAGUAGAAAAUCUGGUUAAGGCUUGUUCGGAAUUUUUGGGGGAUCAUAGAACUUCCAAAGCUUUUUGUGAAUCUGCCACAGUAGCAGGAGCCGUCGAUAAUAGUGACUUACCAAAACGUAAACGUGGAAGGCCAAAAAAAUAUAUGCCUGUCCAGGAAAGGGAAGAUGUUGGGGCUAAUCAAAUGCCAAACCCAAAGGGUGAAUCACUGAAAGAAAACAAAAGCCAAAAAGUCACUAAUGGAAACAGUUUUAAAAAAGAGGAAUCAAUAGCAAGUUGUAACGCAGAAGCACCUGCGCUGGAAAACGCCAACGGAAAUCCCAAAUCAAAUGAUGAACAAAUGGUUCCAAAGCGUCAGAGUAGUCGCAGAAUCCAGAGAUCUGUCAAGUUAAAAGAUUACAGAAGUUGCAUGGAUAAAGAGGAUGGGGAGAUAAUAAAACAAGCAGGAGGCAAAAGAAAACACUCUACUCCUGAGGCUCACUGCAAAGACUGUGGCAAAGUAUUCCGAUAUAAUCACUUCUUAGCUAUUCACCGGAGGACGCACACAGGAGAGCGUCCCUUCAGAUGUACAGAAUGUGGAAAAUGCUUCUCCCAGAAGCAUUCACUGCAAGUCCAUGAACGAAUACACACAGGAGAAAGGCCUUACAGCUGCACAGUUUGCAAUAAAGCCUUUACUACCAAGCAAUCUCUCAUAGAGCACAUGAGUCUACAUGCAGGAGAAAAAGCAUUUACCUGUGACCAGUGUGGAAAAUACUUCAGCCAAAAAAGACAGUUGAGAAGUCAUUAUCGUGUUCAUACAGGCAGCUCAUUACCAGAGUGCAGUCACUGUCAACGCAAGUUUAUGGACACUUCCCAGCUGAAAAAGCAUCUGCGAUCUCAUACAGGUGAGAAGCCAUUUACUUGUGAGAUCUGUGGGAAGUCUUUCACUGCAAAAAGCUCGCUAAAGACACACAUCCGAAUACACAGGGGAGAAAAGCCAUAUUCUUGUAACAUUUGCGGGAAAUCCUUUUCGGAUUCCAGUGCUAAAAGAAGACAUUGCAUCUUACAUACCGGAAGCAAACCUUUCUCUUGCCCAGACUGUAACAUGCAGUUCUCACGUAUGGACAACCUGAAAACCCACAUGAAAAUCCACAGCAAAGAAAAGCAACUUCAGGUUCCGGAAAGCAUAAGUGGAAAUACAGAAGAGGUGAGAAGUAUCCUACAGCUGCAGCCAUACCAGCUUGCACCACCUGGCGGGCAGGAGAUACAGUUACUGGUCACAGAUGGUGUUCACAACCUGAACUUCCUGCCUAGCCAUGACCAAAGUAUCAGUAUUGUCACUUCUGAUAACUCCCAGGGUAUAACGGAGCAAACUGCAAACCUUUCACUGAUUACCAGUCCGGCUGCCCCUCUGCACAACUUGCCUGUCACAGCUCACCAGCAGCAAGUAAAUCCAAUCCACAGUAUAGACAUGAUGGAGAGCCGGGUCCAGGCCGUGCACCCAGAGCAGAUGCAUGUUAUCACCCUCUCAAAGGAAGCCCUAGACCAGUUACAGGGCAGCACUCAAGAAAUCCAUUUGUCACAAACAGACAGACAACUGCCAAUAACCCAGGUGCAGGCUCAUACACCUAAUGGAAUAUUGAACCAAAACCCCCAUGCCACUGAACAUGUUACUCAACCUUUGGCUGAACAUCAUACACAAGAUUUUCAAAUCCAGGCCGGCACAGUUUCUUUUAUAAACACUACGCUAGAAACAACACAUUAGAAUUCAAUAUAUAGCAGAAAAUGCUAUCAGAGGACCACUGUACAGAAAAUGGUUAUGUCUACCUUUUAUAAAGCUCACAAUGUCAUUUAGAUCAACAUUACUUAUCAUGAAUGACCUGAUUAUUUUCUGCAAUAGAUUUUCCAUUUUUUUAGUGUCAGGUUUUCAUAGUUUAUAAUAACAGUCCCAUGUUUCCUGCUAGAAAUGGAAAUAUUUUGGCAUGCAUUUUAAUUAAAAAACAUAUCUGAAGAUAUGAAAAUGGCUUGAUAUCCUGUUCCACAGCUUUACCCCACCUUGUUCCAUGAUGUCAAUUGGGUGCUUAUCUACUCAGUGCACAAAGUACAGCUGACAAUUUUCUGAUCAGCCGCAGCUAGACAAAGCAUAGCUAUGUUAUGACAGUGAGACAUGGUGGAAGAAUUAUGUGUACAAGCUUUGAAACUUUUAUGUUUUCUUGAAAACAAAAAAUAUACAGUUAAAGGGCCAUAAAUACCCAAAUGUUGAAACACUUGAAAGUGAUGCAGCGUAGCAGUAAAAAGCUGACUAGAAAAUAUCACCUGAACAUCUCGAUGAAAAAAAAGAAAGAUAUUUUACCUCAAAAGUUCCUCAGUAGCCAUAUCCCAUUGUAAAGGACUUCUAAGCAGCAAAUCAGUAUGUCUGUCCCGGGACAGCUAAGGGAGUGAGCUUCAUGAACACUCAUCUUAUUUCCCUAUUCAGUUUAAGGAAGUUUACUAUGAAAUCUCAUGAGAGUUACAUCAAAUCUCAUGAGAUCACAGUAAAAGAGUUCAUGACCUCAGCACUUUUGAUGCUGAUUGGCUGCUGUUCAUUUCUUCAUUUUUUUUUAUACCUGCAGCUGGGCAGCAGUUGAAUUAUAACUUUUUACACAGAACUAACUCUGCUGAGCUGAGGAAAUUGUGAGGUAAAAUAUCUUCCUUUUUUACAUAGAGAUGCUCAGGUGAUAUUUUCCUGUCAGCUUUUUACAGUUAUACUGCAUCAGUUUCAAGUGAUUUAGCAGAUGAGUAUUAUGUCCCUUUAAAUGCAAAUGAAAAGUUUAAUUUCUGUAUAAGUGAUGCAGAAUAAACAUUUUAUCUUUUUUAUGUAAA